AUGACCCUCAACCUCAAACCUUCCCUUGACUCUACAGCUCCGAAAGGUCCUACGUCUAUCACUAUCCAAGGUACAGAUCUGGAAGAUGCUUUACAAUAUGGUCCCUCACCUGGAUUAGUAGGAUUGAGAGGAUGGUUGUCAGGUUUGCAGGAGACUGUGCAUAAACGUCCGAUAGGGGACAGCUGGGGGAUUACUAUGGGUACUGGAAGUCAAGACCUGAUGGUCAAGGCUUUUGGAGCGGUCCUUAACCGUGGUGAUCCAAUUUUACUAGAAGCACCUCUGUACGCCGGAGUGUUGCCUUCACUCAAAAAUCUCGAGGCGGAGUUGAUCGAGGUCGAUGUGGACGAUCAAGGUCUUUCAGCCAAGAACCUCGAACGGGUUCUCGCUUCCUGGCCUACGGACAAGAGACGUCCGAAAGCUGUUUACUCUAACCCAACUGGUUGUAAUCCUUCUGGAUGUUCAGCAUCGAGAGAGAGGAAAUUAGAAGUUCUCGAAGUGUGCAGAAAGUAUAAUCUGCUCAUGAUUGAAGACGAUCCUUAUUACUACCUCUCUUCACCUCUCCAACCAAGUUAUUUUGAAUUGGAAACAGAGGUCUUUCCCCACGGUGGUCAUGUGAUCAGGUUCGACAGUGUUUCCAAGCUUUUCUCAGCGGGUAUGCGUCUGGGUUUCGCCACUGGACCCAAGGCGCUUAUCAAUGCUAUUGACGUCGCUCAUGCCGGUAAGCCUAAUAACCUUCAUACCAGUUCCAUCUCCCAAGCCGUGGCUCUGGCCUUGAUGCAACAUUGGGGUAUCAAAGGAUUCCUCGCUCAUUCUACCGCCGUCGCUCACUUUUAUGCCGAACGUCGAGAGAAAUUCGAAGCUCUAGCACACAAACAUUUGGAUGGAUUGGCCACUUGGGUAUCUCCUAAAGCUGGCAUGUUCUUAUGGAUUGACAUGUCCCCUUCGGGGAUAGACGAUUCGAUGGAGUUGAUAAGUAAAGAAGCGUUGGCCAAGGGUGUUUUAGCUGUCCCAGGUUUUGUUUUCUACCCGCUCAAACGUAAAAGCGCCCAUGUGAGAGUUUCGUUCUCGCUCGUAGAUCUGGAUUCAGAGGCUGAAUUGGGGUUCCAACGACUGGCCGAGGCUAUAAGGGAUAAACGACGUCAAAUGGGAUUUGAGUGA